AUGGAGUACAAUCAUAAAGGAGAAAAAAGACUUGCAUCCACUCGAAGAGCAAUGGGACGAGCGAUGUGCGGUGUCACGUUGAUGCAUAGAAAUCCUGCUCGCGAAAUUCGAUGGCGAACUGGCGUCAAAGAUGUGAUUGAAAAUAUCUACGACUCGAAAAAACGAUGGACAGGAAAUGUAGCUCGUUUGAAUGACAACCUUGGACGUUCCGUAUGA